AUGGGAUGCUAAAUUGCCAAAAAAUUAACCUCAGAAUAAAUUAUCGAAAUAAAGUAAAACUAGAUCUUUCUUCAAAAAGAAAAAUCAAUCACUGUCUAAGCAACUUCCGAUCUUGUUAGUCAUCUUCGAAUUCUUCAGCAUUUUGGUUUUUAAGGAAAAUAAUUUUUACUUCACGACAAGUCAGAUCGUAUGAAAUAUAUGUCUAAAUUUUAAAAUAUAAUUUAAGCAAAUUAUAAUUAUUGGAAUAUACUUACUUAAUUACUAGAAGGAAUAUUUCAAAUGCAUCAAUUAGGAUUUAUUGGUAGAUGUAUUUCCUAUGAAACUUUAUAUGUUAAUUCAGAUACUUUAAUAUUUUGUUAAUUUGGCUAUUUUCAUGAAUUUAAAAAUGCUCCUGAAAAUAUUUUUAAAAAAUUUACUACUUUCGAAACUGAUUUAUGGUUGGUUGGAGCAAUUUUAUGGAAAAUUAUUACAAAAUAAGAUCUUAUUACAAACAAAUCUCUAACCAUCAAAAUGAGUUUCAAUUUUCAAAAUAAUGAUCAAAAUCUUGAUUCUGAACUCUAUGUAGUACUAAAAUAAAUUUUGCAGAUCUAUCAAACUUAACGAAUUCCCUUCACAUAACUUCUUAUUCAUAAGAAAUUAUAAUUUUAAGAGGAAUUUAAACAAUAGAUGCUAAAUUUUUAUGAAAACUAUUAAAUAGAACAUUUAUUAAAAAUUUGGAAAUAUUCCUUAUAUAGAGAUUUCCAAAAUGGAAAAUUGUUUUUUUAUUAAAUCAAAGUAGAGACUAUUAAAUAUUAUUACAAAUGCUACGUUUAAAUUCAACUACUCAAUUUUGCAUUUCAUCUUUCAUUUCUUUUUCCUAACAAUGAUGAAAAUGUUUUAUUGUAUAUUAAUAGCUUGAUAAUUUAAAAAAUGUACCUUCUUUCUAAAGAACUAAAAUUUUAAGUUUUAACAUUCUAAGUUUCUGAACAUCAUUCCUAAUUCAAUACAGAUCUAGGUAUAGGAUUUUUUUGCCAUUAGAACUAUUAAAAUUUGAGGAAGGAAAUUUUAUCCCAGCAUAAUAAGCUUUUAAUUUUAAAAUAAUCACAAGCAAAUAAUAUUUAAAUCGAUUGUCAGCAUGAUAUAAAUGUCGAAAUUAAUAAAUUUGAUCAUAAGGGUUAAUUGACAUUACCAUAAAAAUUAUUGAUAAAUAUUUUAAAUAAUAGUUCAGUAAAAUAAUUGAGUCAUAUACAAUUUACAGCAUUGUCUUUGGUAGAAAUUUUCGAACAUGAAAUAUAUUCAAGACUAUUUUGA